CAUUCUUAUGAUAACGAAUGUUGCUUAUCAAAGUCAUAAUUUUUUAAACAUUGUCUUGUCAGUUUGAUUCUAAAAUGUUUAACCUUUCAAUUUUCGUAUAAUGUCUGUGACUACAAUUUCAGUUGAAAUAAAUACAAUCCCGAACUGUAAACCAUUAUGGUAGCUCUCGGAGCUUUUCCGGCCGCCAAACUCGGCGCUUUACUUCUGCGUCAAGUAAGUAAACCUAUUGCUAAUUUUGUCAAAGAACGAGCGAAACAGUCUCCUGUAUUUCGAUCAUACGUGUGUAUGCCACCUGCUCAAUUUUACAAUUGGUGCGAAGUUAAAAUGAAAAUGUACUUCAUGAAUCUCGGUACUGCUGGCAAGGUCAAGCCUUUGAGUGAAACCAUGGCCAUUGAACUUGGAUCGAAUCUAUUAGGUGAAGGUAUUAUAUUUUUUGUUGCUGCUGUUUUACUAUUGUUUGAAUAUAAUAGACAAGUACGCAAAGAACAAGCCAAAGAAGAUGCACGUUUACAAGACCAAGAAGAUUUAAGUAAUGCUAUAAGAAAUUUGGAUUUAAUGUCUGAACAACAUAGUGCUGAAAUAAGGCGUCUUACUUACCUUGUUGACGAUCUAAUAUCCAAAGUAAAUAGCAAAUCAAGCACUGAACCUUUUACACCUUCAGAAUUACCACCAAGUAGUAGUAAACAAAAUGAGCCUGAAUAUUCAAAGAACCUUGUUUCCAAUGAAAUGAAUGAAAAUUUAAUA